CAUUGGGAGUCAUUAGGCACCAGGACCCGGAACGCCUAGAUAUAGAGAUGGCUGGUCUCCUCAUGCUAAUGAGGUUUCUGCCAUGUUGAGCCCUACUUUUUUGCUGUGGGAUGUUGGAUAUCCCUUAUAUACUUAUGGCUCCAUCUUCCUCAUUAUCCUAAUUAUCUGGCAAGUGAAAAGGAGCCACCAUGAAUUGAGGUUGGAACCUAAGAGGAGCUGCUGCCAGCGUCACCGAAAAGUCCAGCAAAGGGAUAGGGAGGCAGCAUCAAGAGCUAGGAGACUUUCCCAGGAAGAAGCUGAGAAGCCACGGAAUCUGCUCUCUGUCAUGAAAAGCCAGAGUUGGCUUCCUCAAGAGGGAAGUGUGCGGCGAGUCCUGUGUGCAGAUUCCAGCUGCCAAACCUGCAAUGCUGUGGCUCUAGAGGUUCAGGAAUUGCUGGCGGAGAAGAACAACCCGAUCUCCCCACCUUUAUCAGAGCCACCACAGGGCACUUCUUGCCUAGAAGUGUUGUCUGUGUCUAGCGUGUCUUUUAAGCAGAGUCUGGAGCUUCCUUCCUGGCAACCCAGAGAGCUUUCACUGGCAUCUGUAACCCCAACACUGUCACAAAUAAUGGAUCAGAAGUCUUUAACCCAAUCAGCUACCCAUUCGACCAGUACAGUCACAGUCCAAGAUUACUGGGCUGACCACUUCCAGCUAGGGCAGGAAUUUCAAGUGCCAGUUGUGCUUAGGGGCUCAGAGACUAUGGCUUCCUCAAGGCUCCAGGAGCCUGGGGUCCCAGUGAAUCAGCAGAAGAUGAUGCAGAGCAACCCCAACUUUGUCCAGGGGAAUGAAGACCAGUACAACUUGAAGUCCCAGGACUCUUUGCUAUCCUUGAACCCAGAGAUCACUAAUAUGACACAUCCUAUGGCCUUGAAUAUAGUCCUCCCUGCCCACCUGCCAUUCCUCAGUCCUACAGUCCUGAGACUUCUUGAGGUACAUGUAAAAAAGUGGAUGCAUUUCCAGAGAUGGGGGCUCCCCAGACGUGUAGAAGAGUCCAUGAGGCAGCUUAUGCCAAACCCACCGUUGUAUUACCAGCCUGAAGAUGACCAACCAGUUGCUGUCAUCCUGAAUAACACUUCUCAGGUCUCUGUUCAUAGAUCUGAGUCCAUUUCCCAUAAGACCUGGUGUUCAUGUAUGGCCGGCCAGCCCAUCCAGACCUUCUGGGUUUCUGAAUGGCCCAUGAUGAACCCAGAAGAAAGAAAGUACUUUCAGCAAAUCCCAAACCCUAUGGCUCUAGCCUUGCCCUCUCCAGCCCUUAAAGUCCUAAGUGGCCUCUAUCCACUGCCUGGGGGAGAGGCGAAUGACUCAGGGAGCCAUCUGCAGGAGAAAUACAGCCAGUUAUUCUGUGGCCUCCCUUCUCUGCACAGUGAGUCCCUGGUUGCCACUUUCUUGGGCUCCCAAGGCCUCUCCAAGAAGGGGAACAUGUCCAAGCCCCCCUUGAAGGGCCCUUUCCUCUUCAAGGACCUCCCGUUCCACCCCCUGCUACCUAAAAGUCCACCCCUGUCAGCCCCACCCUCUUCUCCACCUUCCCCAAAUUGGGUGUCUCCAUCUGACCAGCAAGGAGCUCAGAUCAACAUCCCAUUUUUGACUCUGGCUGAGUGUGAAGACUUGGAGUGGCACCUGCUGCAGAGGCAGCUCCAGCUUCAGUGGGGCUUGCCAGCUGUCUUCCAGAGACCUCAGCAUGCCCAGAGCCCCACGCAACAUGAGCCCCGUGACAAAGCCCAGGCUCCUGAGACUACAAAAACUUCCAGGCCGGGGAAGCCUGUCUCAGUCCUCACCAGGGAACUACUCUUCUUCCCGGAGCAUGCCCGCAGGCUGCUGGAAUUCCACCUCCAGAAGCAGCUGAUUCACCAUCGCUGGGGCCUGCCCCAGAAGAUCCAGCGGUCCAUCCAGUUGCUCCUUUCCUCCGCUGACCAGCAGACUUUGUCCUGGAGCAGCACAGCGCUAGCCAGUGUGAGCAUCCCCCAGCCUACAGUCCUGGAGGCCAACGGGAAUAGAGCUGUGUUCUCACCCAUCAUGGCCCCAGCCUCCAUCCCCAUGCCACACUUGUUCGCCCAGGUCAAGGCAAUAUUGCAGAGCCACAUUGACUCCAAAUGUGGACAGAUCCACCAGGGCAAGGUCCCUGCCUGUGUACAUAGCUCCUGGGGCAGCAGAAUUCCUGGGGGCCUGAAGGUAACUCCCUGCAUUCCAGAAAGCCAACCCCUGGAGCUGCGGCCAGCAAGUGACCCUGACCUACAUCACAAAGUUAUGCCCUGGAUGCCAAAGGCCCUUGAUCAGCAGCAACAGGCCUUACCAGGGACUGUCACUGAACACUCCAAGCUGCCCCGAGCCCUGUCCGAGGGAGCCAAGGAGAAACUGGAAACAACUUUACGGCACAAGUAUCUGGCCUUCCUGUCAGGGCUCCCUGCGCUCUAUUAUGUGGCUCUUUCCAGAGCCAUGACCCCGGGUGUCACUAGCCAACCUGUCAUCACAGACAUGGUACCUGAGCCUAUUGAAGUCCCAGCAGAGCCUCUGACUGAGAUGAUCUCAUUUGAAGAAGAGUGUUCAAGUCUUGGGCCAUGCUUUCAAGACAACAAUGGGACUUGGGCAGAUGUUGCAGAAGAGUUCCAGCCUGCAGCACAAGUGGAAGGUAUAAUGAAGACAGAGUCUCAAGACAGCCAGGCACAUCCUGCUAGCCCCCUCACGUUCAAGACAUAUGUCUUGUCCAAACUAAAUUUCCACCUCAGAAAAAAGGUCCUAGAGAUACAAUUGGGAAUUCCCAUAAGGGCGAGGGAGUCCAUGCAACAAACUGCAGUGGUCCCAGAGGACACAUCCACACAGGACUCUCUUGGGUGUGUGAACAACCGAGGAGGAACAUUGCUCCAGGAACUUCCCAUCCCACCAGACACUCCAUGUGCCCCCGAUCUAGACUGCAUCCACGUUAAAGAACAGCUGGCCAUUGAGUUGAAGACAGUGCAGCAGAACCACAAGCAACUUAGUUCCAAAGCAGUGCCCCAGGAUUCUGCCCACUGGGUGUCCAAGAACCCACAGCCCAGUGCGGACAUGACAGAGGCCCAGGUGCUUUGUGUUCAGGUGGAAGCCAGCGUGAACAACACCGGCCUGGAUGAACCCUGGAGCCCUGAGCCCCGAACUCCUGACAAGUGCAAGGACUCAGCCCAAGUCCCCAAGCUGGCAGAAAAGAUAGAAGACCCAGUGAAACCCAAAGCAGCUGGGGACCAUGGAGAAGGCGAUGCAGGGUUUAGUCUCUCCUCAAGCAGAGAAGACAGACACCCUGUUGAAGACCAGAGGCCAGCAGAGAUGCUUCUGAACAAGAUAUCCCAAGGCUCCUGGAGGCAGAGCGAUAGCUUCCAUCUUGCUGAGCCCUGUCCACACAGCCCCCAGCAUCACCCUCAGCCUAAGCUCCCAGACUUACCUCCACGAGUCCCUGGGGGGAAAGCAUCUGAAAAUGCCCUGCAAGACAGUCAAACCAAGCUAAAUGUCACCCUCAAACCAGCAAUGAUUCCUGAGAACACCCAGGCUGUGGUGCCCCAGGAUUCCCAGGGCUGGCCUUUCCUGAGCCAACUAAUUCAGGGUAAGCCUUUUCAGGGCCAAACUUUACAAGGUCAGGUUUUGCAUGCGCAGGUGAUGCCAGCCCAUACUCACAAGAGGCCCAGCCUUCCAGAGUCUAGCUUGGGAAAUAAAAUUAAAUCCUUUCUACACCGUAUUAGCCCCAAGACGAAAGGCAAAGGACAUGAGGAAUCCAUGUUCUCUACAGCUGAGAAAGUGGCCAAAACCAGGAAAGAAAAUGCUGAAAAGAGCCUGGCUCCAGCCAAAAGCCCUGUGGGGAGAACUAAGACAGAGAAGCCAACAGGACACUCCAAGGCCCGAUCUCCCCGCACUGAGAAGCCAGUGGGCCCGGCCUUCUUAGGUGGUCCACAUUCCCCAGGCAAUAAUCUCAGGCUUCGCUCCAGACAUCCUGGCUCUGCCUCAGUCCUGGGCCACCCCCGCCACUGCCCUCGGCACUGUCCUCGAGGGGCUUGUGCCACCCAACCAGGGCCAUCCGCCUUAGCUCCCAACCCUCACCUCAGAAACACUGAGGUCUGCUCGAGGAGAACACCCAGGGCAAUGAAAGAGAGCUUGUAGGCUCCCAACCACUGCAU